CUUCUAGAUUUUGGAGUACACCUAGACACACGUUGCCCAUCCUGUUAAUGAGGUGUGAAAAGCCCAGAUGUAACAAUCUCCUUUCAUUCCUUCAUUAGAGAGAUCACAUCAAACUGAUAAUUGUUGUCGUGCCAUCUAAAGAGCUAUUUCCCACAAAAGAAAAUCUAAUUAUUUUUCAUUCUGUUACACAUUAUCAGUCUAUUUCACCUUAUUGGCACCUUGGUGACAACGAACGACGUCCUUCGGGAAAGUCACAUUUUAGCACUUGAGUUUUCUUUGAACUUUCGCUUCAGCUGUGAACUCAUAAACCACAGAGAGCUGCGUCCAUAUAAAACGGUUUCCCAAACCGCUUUUCAGAAUUUGCUCUCCACGGAGCUGCCCGAAUAGCCUAUCAUCGAGGUCACAGUAUGGAGAGCGUGUCUGAGGAUAUUGCUAACAUGGAUUGUGACAUUGAAGUUGUUACCUCAAAAAUGCUCUCUGAAUGGGAUUGGAAGACGCAGGAAAGGGCUUUUGUAAACGGGCAUGAUUCUCUUGAAUCCACAUCACCAGAAUCAUCAUUCGAUUCAAUGUGCUCUUCGCCCGAGAUGUCAUCAAGCUCAACUGGGCAUCAGAGCUUCGGAAAUGUAUCCUAUGGCUUAACAGGACACAGCCCAACCCCGUGCGCAACGUUGAAACAAACCAAACCGAAGAUGUCGACCAAGAGACGCAUGAAGGCGAGCGAGAGGGAGAAGAUGCGAAUGAGGAGCCUAGCAGAAGCUUUGCACCAGCUCCGCGACUACUUGCCUCCAGAUUACAGUAAAAGGGGACAGCCUCUGACCAAAAUUCAAACUCUCAAAUACACCAUUGAGUAUAUAAAUGAACUUUCGGACAUCCUCAACCACGCGUAAUGAUGUGCUAAAAGAUGGCCACGUUUUAAAUGAUGCGUAACGGGGCCAAACUAUUUGGUAUUAGGUGUAGACCAUUGUCAAACCUUUAGUGUUUGGAAAACUAUUUUUGGUUUGUUAAUUUUGAUAUUGUUGCAUUGUGGAUGAUAACUUAAUUUCUCAUAUUGUAUUUAGAAUUGUUCUGCCCCCCAUCUGAUGUAAAUAAUUGUUAUUCUGUGGGGACUUGAUUUGACCAUGUAAUUUUCUUGUAUGUGAAUAGGCUAUUCUUGUUUUACAUUAUUGACAUGAAUUAAACAA